ACCGAAUAAAUUGCAGGCGUCUUACACGUAAAGCAUAAGAAAUGUUCAGACGAAAAUCAGACAUUAUUUUGUUUGAUGCCCUACAAAAAACUAUUAUAAAAUGUUCCGAACGAUUACAUUCGUAGUUUUUAUAUUUAUACUUCAGGUUACAUUUGGCUGUGCCACAUUCCCCGACGAACGCGAUGGAUUAUUGGGAAGAUUUUUGCUAGAAUCGCAAAAUGAAGAAACAACAAUGGCGGUGAAAACUUCAGAACCGAGGCCGGAGUCGGUUUCAUUUUUACAACCCGUGGAUGAUCAAAAGGGCAAGGUCCCUGAUAGCAGCAAACAAAGUGACCUGCCUGUCAAGUCACUAUCCACAUCAUGGGUAGAGUUCAUUCAUGGUUUUGCAGCUGCUAUUUCUAUGAUUAUAGUAUCUGAACUUGGUGAUAAAACAUUCUUUAUCGCCGCCAUCAUGUCAAUGCGGCAUUCUCGUCUGGUAGUGUUUAGUGGUGCUAUGAUGGCGUUAGGAUUCAUGACCAUUCUCUCCGCGGUACUUGGGUAUGCAACAACUGUUAUUCCAAGGAAGUUCACCCUGUACAUAUCUACUGCAUUGUUUGUGUUCUUUGGACUUAAAAUGUUAAAGGAGGGAUAUGAGAUGGACCCCAGUGAGGGCCAAGAAGAACUUGAAGAAGUUCAAGCAGAGCUCAAGAAGAAAGAGGCAGAGUUAGAAAAGCAAGAAAUGGCAACACAAGACCCUGAGACAGGGGUAAUAAGAGGAGGCAAGAAGUCUCUCAGCUUCAUCCACAAUAUAUGCUCUACCAUAUUACUGCAAUCAUUCACCCUGACAUUUCUAGCAGAGUGGGGAGAUCGGUCUCAGCUAGCGACAAUCUUGCUAGGAGCACGGGAGAAUGUCAUAGGUGUCAUUCUUGGAGGUACUCUAGGCCAUGGUCUCUGCACUGGUCUUGCUGUUGUUGGUGGUAGAUUUAUUGCACAAAAGAUCUCUGUCAGAACCGUUACAAUCCUUGGAGGCAUUGUUUUCCUGAUAUUUGCUGUGUCUGCAUUCUUCCUGGAAACAUGAUGAAGUGAUGUACAAUAGUUAUACAUAGUUUCAGAUAAUGUAUGUAGCAUGCUAUGAAGGCAUACAGCCCCAGUUAACAAUGUUCGGCGAAUGUACAGUAAGAAUAAAAGAGCAUUUGUACAGUUAGCUUGCUUGCUGGCUUUCAAUUGGUGCAACCAGAUCUAUAAGGGGUAUUGCAUCCCUUCCAAAUGUUUGGAAAAACAACCCAUUUCCAAAUUACCCCAAAUGAGAGCUAGCUAGCAGGCUAUGGUACAGUAGUUUUGUAAUUGCAUAAACUGUAUACAUCAUGAAUAAUAAAAAUGAAAGCCAGUAAAAGAACUGACUGCUGCAUUGCAAAAAUAAGAACAGAAAGUUUUGGAAAUUAAAUUUUAACUCUUUUAUGACAGUGCUCUUGUGAAACCUAUCAAUCUAAAUUCUAUUGCAAUUUUAUAAAAAUACAGAUAAGAUUUCUUAUCUCAAACCAAUAUGGGUAUCAUUUCAAUAUAUACAAUUAGUAUACUAUAUUAGAUUACUGUUCAUAUUAUUUAUUUUGAUUUUCAUGGUAGUUUUCUGUGAAGGGUUUUUUGCAGAAGAACAAACAAGAUAGACAGUUAACACUUAUAAAAUUUACAAAAUAAUUUUCCAUAGUUCAUUUUAUCCAUGAAAUCAGAUAUUAUUGCUACUGUAUAUGUGAUAUUCAUAACUUCCACUGUGUAAUUCUAGACCAAUAAACAAACUAAAAUAAAAUAUUGUUUUUAUCUAAACAAAUAGCUUCAAAUGAAAUCUUAUUUGACA